AUGAACAAUCCAUCAUCUUCAUCUCCAUCACUACAUUCAUUACAUCAGCAAUAUUCAGCAAUAUCAUCAUUACCCCUUCCACCGCCACCACCACAAAGCGUUAUACCCAAUGAUAAGGAAUCCAGUGUCGAUUCAACCAGUACACCGCGUAAACGAACCCGUGCUACGCCUGAACAGCUUGCUGUUCUAGAAAAGACAUUCAAUGUAAACCCAAGUCCUAAUAAUCGGGUGAGAGAACAACUAUCUCGAGAACUUGGCAUGUCUGAGCGAUCUAUUCAGAUUUGGUUUCAAAAUAGAAGAGCUAAAGUCAAAAACGUAGCCAAGAAAUCAAGUAUGUUACAUGAUGAGACGCUGAGAAUGCAAUACUAUGCUUCUUCUGCUGCUGCUGCUGCCUGUCAAGCUGCUGUGUACCAACAACGACAAAAAGAAGGCAAAGACAUCAGCAAAGUAAUGGAGGAUCCCAUCAAAAGCAACCCUGAUUUGUAUUAUUACUACUAUUACUAUUAUUUUAAUCAACAGCAACAGUUGCAGCACCGUCAAAAGCACCACCAUCAAACGUAUCAUCCAUAUAUGCAGCAGCAGCAACAACAUCAGCGUUAUCAUUCCUCCUCUUCGUCUUCUUCCUCAUCCGUGCCUCCGCCUCCCAUCUCUCUAAAAUCCAUGCCUCCUCCGCCUCCACCACCUCCACAUUCUGUCGCUGCUGCUAUUGUAAAUGACACGACUGGCUCCAUUAGCCCUUCUGAUACAUUAAAGUCGGAUCCAUACAGUCAAUGGUCCAAGAAAGAGGUCCAUCAGCAACGAGCAAGAGCGCACACCAUUGGCCCCUAUCCAUCUAAUUUUCAACAUCAAUCCAGCAACAACAGUAGACAGUUUCGCGUCUCCUCAGCUGAACUAUCUAAUAAGAACCCUAUGAUACCACUUAGUAUAAACACAAGUAAUAUAAUAGAAAAUAUCAACUACACCUCCAUGAUGAAUACUGCAAGCUCCUUGUCGCCAAAUCAGCAUGAGCAAUUUGCAAAUCUAACCAUGCAAGACUUGUCAUUCUAUGAACAACAUCCAUAUUUACAACUGCAGCAACAGCAACAGCAGCAACAGCAGCAACAACAGCAACAACAGCAACAACAGCAACAACAGCAAUUAACGUGGACAGAUUUGCCAUUUUAUGAAGAUCCCUCUCUCAUGAUGACACCUACUACACCUUCUAUAUUCACAUCUAAUAAUAACAACACCUAUGAUAUCCCUUCUGCCUCUACUGCUACGGCCACCACCACUACAAACACUACUAAUAUACAAAUCAUCUCUGCCGAAGCACUGCAAAUUGGUACCUGGAAGAGAAUGACAUUUGAACCCAAUGACCUCUCAUGCCAGUUUGAUAGAGACAACAAACUCUUCAGCUGGUGCAUCCAAGACGGCAUCUCCAAGUUUAAAAUGGAAUUCCCUCAGGAAUUUGUCCAAUCUAUUAAAUUAUCAUCAUUAACGAGUCGACCUGGCUGGGCCAGAUUGGAGAUGAAGGUAUUAUCAACUCAACACAUCUCGUUCUACAUGGAGACACCACAAAAAAGCUGGAUCCAAUGUCGAGACUAUACUGAGGACAAGCAGGCUUCCAUCAUCAGCCUGCACCAACUAGACGGCCCUGCACUUGCUUUAAAGGCAGAACUAGAAUCCCUCUCUAAAGAAAACGACUAUCUAGCUACCAUCAUUCAUUAA